UAUUUCUCUCUCUUUUUUUCCAGCCCCCGCCCCUCCGGCUGCGCGGUUGCUGCGGCGUCUCCUCUGUAGGGCUCCCCUGCCGGAGGAGGCAAUUUGCGGGUCGGCGCGUUCCAUGGCCGGCGGCGGGGGAUCAUGACCGACUACGGGGAGGAACAGCGCAAUGAGUUGGAGGCCUUGGAGGCCAUCUAUCGGACUCCUCACAGGUUCACAGUGUUAUCAGAAAACCCUACAAGUUUCACUAUCACCGUGACAUCUGAAGCGGGAGAAAAUGAUGAAACUGUUCAGACGACCCUCAAAUUCACCUAUUCAGAAAAGUAUCCAGAUGAAGUCCCAUUAUAUGAAUUGCUUGCACAUGAGAAUCUUGAAAAUAAUGAUAUUGCAGACUUAUUAAAACUACUGCAGGAACAGUCAGAAGAGAAUCUAGGCAUGGUAAUGAUCUUCACAUUGGUGUCAGCUGUGCAAGAAAGGCUGAAUGAAAUAGUAGAUCUAAUAAAACCAAGAAGAGAAGCAGAAAAGAAACAGAAAGAAAAAGAGGCAGAGGAGGCAGAAAAGGAUAAUGUAAUUACAUACAGCCGUGAUGGUGAUGACGAUGAUGAUGAUGACAGCAAAGCAAUGUUUCAUGGCACCCCCGUCACUAUUGAAAGCUUUUUACGCUGGAAGGCAACAUUUGAUUUGGAGCUUUUAGAAAUUAAAAGAAAAAAGAUGAAAGAAGAAGAACAAUGCGGCAAAAAUAAAUUAACAGGAAAGCAGCUGUUUGAGACAGAUCAUAACCUUGAUACAUCCGAUAUUCAGUUCUUAGAAGAUGGUGGAAACAGUGUGGAAGUAGAUGAAUCAUUGUUCCAGGACAUGGAUGACUUGGAGUUGGAAGAUGAUGAGGACGAUCCAGACUAUAGCCCUGUUCAUCUAGAUAGUGACUAGAUCUGAAAUUCCUCUACUAGCUACUUCGAUCCAUAGGUUUGGUUGGACACUUGUAGCCAGAAAGAUGCACACGUGAUUUGAAUAUCUUUUUCUUCAAAGAAAAGGGUGAAGUAUUUUAAGAUCAAGUGACUUCUUUUCUGGUGGCUUUCAGCCCAGGUAAUAAACAGACUUUAACAUUUGA